AUGUCUCGUCCUCAGGGACAUCGUAAAUCCCAAUCCACCUCUGCUUUAUCCUUCUUAGCUUCCCAACCUCGACCAUCAUCCUCUCAAUCAUCAAGGAUCGAACAUACGCCAUCCGAUGGCCAGUCAAAACACCGCUCCCGUCGGUCUCUUCUACCGGCAGUGAAAGAAUCGGAACCAGUAUCAGCGAGUAUGACUUGUUUACCGGGUUUGACCACUACACCACAGGCUAGUGCACCGGCGGUAGGAGAGGAUAUGAGAAAGACGAGAUCCAAUCAAUCUCAUGUAUCUAAUGAUAGGAGUAGGAGACAGAGCAAAAGUCAUGCCGCGGCUGAAGUGGAGAAGAUGAAGAGGGGUGAGGGCGCGGGUAUGGCCAUGGGAAUGGGGAUGAGGAGGGAGAAAUCGCUUGAGGAAGGGCUGGAAAGUUGGUUGAGUGAUGUAAAAUCCUUACGCAGUUCUUCACGAAGACGUCUAUCCGCCUUGAAGCAUGUGGAAAGGUACCUCGUGGAGAUAUGCGUGUCGAAAGAUGAAGUCAAACUCCAAGGACUAGUAUCCAGACAAAUUCAUCAAACACUGCUGUCCCUCCUUACAAGACACGCAUCCACCUUGGCUCAGAGAUCAUCACAUACCUCUUUACCUGCGAAUGACGAGCUAGCGAUAAGCCUGAUACCUGAGAUCGAGGUUGUUGCUAGUAUAUUACAAGGAUUGUGUUGUCUGAGUAGGAGAUGUAAGGAGACCGUCGGCGAGAGCUGGGUGAUGGAGAUGUUUAUCGAUCUUCUGCUACUUCUGCGUUCACAGCCACCCAUCACUGAACAUUACAAAGCAAUCGCAUAUACAAUCCUAGAAUUGUUGUUUUGCAUACUAGUAGAUUCACCGAAAAAUGCUCGAACGUACGAAAAGCUUGGAGGAUUGGAAGCUGUCACAAGGGUAUUGAAAGGUACAGGAGUGACAAAAGAUGUCAGGAUGAAAUGUAUAGAAUUCCUUUAUUUCUAUCUCCUACCAGAACAGAACGAUCCUCAACGGGCCGUAUCUUCUUCUUCUUCAUCUUCCUCCUCAUCUAACGAAUCAUCGCUCUUCCCACCUUCCCCCCUUUUGACAUCCCAAAACCCCAUCGAUGUACCUACAAUUGGACACUCAAAUGAUACUCAUUCACCGAAAGGCCAUCCUAAAGAGCUAGCAGAUAUCGACAUGCCUUUCGUUCCGAUGACACCUCGCAAAGCACCUCAACCAAACCUAGGCUAUUUGACACCUGCGACUAGGAAAUCAUCAGUGUGCACUUCGAACAGCUCAACCCCAAGUCUACCGACCGUCCCUGCUUCACCCAGAGUACCUAUAUCGCAAAGUACAACUUCGAGGGGGCUAGCAGCGAUGUUGGAUGAGAUGGAGGGACCUUCCAUGGCUACGCCUCGGUCUAGUAGGUCGAAUAGGAUUACAAGCGAGGAUGAACGGAGUGGUGUAGGCUUAGGAUUGGGUUUACCAAAGAGUACAAGUGGACUUGCCAGAUCGAGCAUUUCUCAUCAAGUCGAUUCGCCAUCUGCUUUUAUCGAUCCAUUCAAUCUGACAAGUAGCUCAGAAAGAUCACAUUCAGGUUCAUCAGGUUCUUCAACCAUCGUUCCGAUCUCUACUUCCAGGUCAAUCUCACGCUCGAACACCCAGGCAUCAUUGACUUUGACGGACUCCAACGGACUACCGAGAUCCCCAAGUAUCUCCUCGAUAAGAAGAAGUAGCGUGAGGAGAGUUAGCAAGAGUCCGUUGAUCCAGUCGAAUGUACCUGAACAAGACGAUCGAGCCGUACCUGUAUCAAUCCCAAGAACACCGAAGAUCAGACAUUCGAGGACUCAAUCCCAUUUAUCUGGACUACCUGCUAGUUCUGGAGUUCCGCCCGUACCUCCCUUGCCAUCCAGCUCACGUACACCUUCUUCGAAACCCCGUGCGUUCCCUGCUGAAUUGACGAGGGGUAUACCACCUAGUGCUUCGUCGCCUUCUUUAGGUGGUAUCACACCGCUGGGAGCGAGUAAAAGGAUACCGUCAGAUAAGAGAAAUCCAAAUGCUGUGAUGAGCAGUCGGAAAGAUGUUGGGCUGGGUAAGGACAAAGUGAUGAAAGAUGAGAAGAAAAGGGUCAAGGAUGUAAGGAGUGUUGAUGAGAAGAAGGAAAUGCUCGGAAUGUGGCUAGGUAAUGUUGAUCAACUUGUUCAAGGAGUCGAGAAAGUCAGUUUCUGGGGAUCAAUAGGCAAUAAAGGUAAAGUUGGGAGGUGA